AUGCCGCUGGACACCAUCGACCAACCAGUUACCCCCGGAGACCUCAUUCUGGCCUACACCCGCAAACGUAAACGGAUGUUUCUCGUCACAUCUGCCUCCAGUAAACAGGGAAGCCCUGACACAUCCACCAUACUAGUGAAGCGUGCACCCUACAGCGUAGUCGACGAGCCUGGGUUUGGACUCUCUCCGGCCCCGACGUCUACUACGUCGAGAAGGAAGCGGAUAAGCAAAAUUCAGACGAAGCAAGUGACGAUGGCGACUCAGCUGAUGGAGAGAACGAUGCGCGCAAUAGCGAAGUUAAGCCGCUGCGGGCAUUUCUUGACGAGCUCGCGGGAUCCCUUGACGUUACCGUCGUCGGAGGUCCUCGAACACUACUUCUCAGGGACUUGUCCGUAUUGCAACAAUGAGACGUUCUUCUGCCCUGGAUGCCAGGGAGACUAUCCCGAAUUCUUUGGCAGCUGUGCAGUAUGGCUCUCAUGCCCUGUUUGCCUGGGAUAUGAUCUUGCAGAGGACGAAAAACAGGGGCUGAGAUGGCUGGAAGAUGAAGAAUACCAGAUUCGGGAUUACCAGCGACAGGCUAAAGAAUCGGAGUUGUCAAAGAGCGACAAAAAGCGGCUGAGGGAGAUCAAGUAUGAGAUGCUGGAAUUUCUGGAGGAAAAGUAUGAGGCUAUCAACGAGAGAAAGAAGGAGAUGGGUAUCCCUUUGGACGAUGUGGAGGAGCAGGUGAAGGACUAUACCGAUUGUAUGUUUUCUUUUUGA